UGGCGGGUGUUGUCGUCCGGUGGUAGCGGCGGCAAGAUGGCGGCGCCCGGGGGCUCCGCCGCCUCCUCGGCGCUGAAGGGGUUAAUCCAGCAAUUCACCGCCAUCACGGGUGCCAGUGAAAGUGUAGGCAAGCAUAUGCUUGAAGCAUGCAGCAGUAAUCUAGAAAUGGCUGUCACUAUGUUCCUCGACGGUGGAGGGAUAGCAGAUGAACCCAGCACUAGUUCAGCAAGUGUCUCAAACCUCCGGCCACACACAGAAGAUGAAGUGAGAGCCCCCAUUCCUCAAAAGCAGGAAAUACUGGUAGAACCUGAACCCUUAUUUGGUGCUCCGAAAAGGCGCAGACCUGCUCGUUCAAUAUUUGAUGGUUUUCGAGAUUUCCAGACGGAAACCAUUCGGCAGGAACAGGAAUUGAGGAAUGGAGGAGCAAUAGACAAGAAACUCACAACCCUUGCAGACCUCUUCAGGCCUCCAAUAGAUCUGAUGCAUAAAGGAAGCUUUGAAACAGCCAAGGAGUGUGGUCAGAUGCAGAACAAGUGGCUCAUGAUUAACAUACAGAACGUUCAGGAUUUUGCCUGUCAGUGUCUCAAUCGUGAUGUUUGGAGCAAUGAGGCUGUGAAAAAUAUUAUCCGGGAACACUUCAUUUUUUGGCAGGUAUAUCAUGACAGUGAGGAAGGACAAAGAUAUAUACAGUUCUACAAACUGUCAGACUUCCCUUAUGUCUCUAUCCUGGAUCCUAGGACAGGGCAGAAGCUAGUGGAGUGGCGCCAGUUAGACGUAACUUCCUUUUUGGACCAAGUGACUGGCUUCCUGGGAGAGCACGGACAACUGGAUGGACAUUCCACCAGCCCUCCCCAGAAACGCACUCGUUCUGAGAGCCUCAUUGAUGCAAGUGAAGACAGCCAGCUAGAAGCUGCCAUCAGAGCCUCUCUACAGGAGACACAUUUCGAGUCCACCCAAGUCAAGCAGGACAGCAGAUCUGAUGAGGAGUCUGAGUCUGAGCUUUUCUCUGGAAGUGAGGAGUUUAUUUCAGUUUGUGGCUCUGACGAUGAUGAACCAGACAACACUGCCAAGUCCAGGAAGUCUCCACACAAGGACUUGGUGUGUAGGAAAGAGGAGAUCAGAAAAACUCCUCCUGAGCCUACAGCAAGGACUGAACCUGAGAUGGUAACAAACCAUCGAGGACUGUCUUACAUAGAUUCAGCAGUGCUAGAAGAAGCGGCAGUGAAGCCAGAAGCUACAGUGAAGGAGCUGAGCAUGAAUGGACCAAAGGCACAACUAAUGCUAAGGUAUCCAGAUGGAAAGAGGGAACAGAUUUCACUGCCUGAACAAGCUAAGCUUCUGGCUCUCAUCAAACAUGUACAGUCAAAAGGAUACCCCAAUGAACGUUUUGAACUCCUCACCAACUUUCCACGAAGAAAACUUUCCCAUCUGGACUAUGACAUUACAUUACAAGAGGCUGGUCUUUGUCCUCAAGAGACUGUCUUUGUGCAGGAAAGGAAUUAGCUCUUCCAGCCUUCCCAUCAUGUCGUCUACAGUACUAUUCCCCAAGUAUGCAGUUGGCUUCAUGAGACUGCGGAGCUGAAAUCAGGCAGUCAUUUGCCAACUUUUCUCCCUCCCUCCUUUAUGCUACUAUUGACUAGUCCGUCAUAUAAAAGCAGCAGGAUAAGGUUGACUUGGCUUUGGUGCUGGGGGAAGGUAUGUCUGCAUCAGUGGCUCGUGGCCAUUUCAGAAUAGUCAGG